AGUUAGCCUCUUCCCCCCUCCUCCCUCCUUCUCGUGCUCCUCCGGCGACUCCUUCGUACCUCCUCACGGACCUGUCAUCAUGGGCUUCGGUGAUCUGAAAUCCGCCUCCGGAAUCAAAGUGCUGAACGACUUCUUGUCGGAGCGCAGCUACAUCGAGGGGUAUGUACCCUCUCAGGCUGAUGUGGCCGUCUUCGAGUCGAUCUCGGCUCCGCCCACGGCCGACCUGUGCCACGCCCUGCGCUGGUACAACCACAUCAAGUCUUACAACAACCAGAAGAGCAGUCUCCCAGGUGUGAAAAAGCCUCUGGGUCAGUACGGCCCAGCUGGUGUUGCCGACACCACCUCUGGUGGCGGCGACGAUGACGACGACAUUGACCUUUUCGGCUCUGACGACGAGGAGGAUGCGGAAACAACCCGACUGAAGGAGGAACGUCUAGCAGAAUACGCUGCAAGGAAGUCAAAAAAGCCCACUCUCAUCGCCAAAUCUUCAAUCCUAUUGGACGUGAAGCCGUGGGACGACGAGACGGACAUGUCCAAGCUAGAGGAGUGUGUCCGCAGUGUUCAGAUGGACGGGCUCAUCUGGGGGCAGUCAAAACUCGUCCCUGUUGGCUACGGAAUCAAGAAGCUGCAGAUCGGAUGUGUGGUGGAAGAUGACAAGGUGGGCACAGACCUCCUGGAGGAACACAUCUUGGCAUUUGAGGACUUUGUUCAGUCAAUGGACGUCGCCGCUUUCAACAAGAUCUGAAAAAUGCGUUAAUAAAGCACUUGAAUGCAAAACUGA